UAUAAUGAGCGGCCAUAUUGUCUUUUAAACCUGUUAUACGAAACAAAUAUAUAAUUACGUUGAUAGUUCUUUCGUGGAAAUGGAUGAAGCAAGGAAAGGUUACCAACAAAGGAUACACCAAGAUCUCUUAACAGAUGCUAUCACUGGACAAAACAGGAUCAAAUUGUAUCAGCAACAUUUUCAGAAGAAAGAUGGAUUGCCUGUACAUUUGAAAGGAAAAUAUGGAAUUCCAUUCACAAGGUUUAUGGUUUAUGGAUGUGCUGUUGGAUUCUUUGUGACUUUGGGAGUCAUUGGAAUGAUGGCUACAAACAAAAUGCCUAAAAAACAGCGCUGAUCAUGAGUAAUAUUCAUGUAUUGAAAGGAGUCUUUCAGCUUAUGGGGAGUCAGUUCUUGAUGAGAUGUUGAAAAUGUUUUGAAUGUUAAAAUUUGUGAAAAUAUCUGUGUGCAUUAAAUAGUUACUGCUUGAGAUGUUAGCAAGGCUUCUUAACUGUGGCAAUUGUAAUAAACUGGUCAUUUUACA